AUGGACAUCUCCACUCCGAAGCAAAACAUACUAAACCGGCAGUUCCAAUCUGUAUUCACCGACAACAUCACGGUCACUGCUGAUGACUUCAAGAAGGGGAACUACAUCAAUCCACAGUCAACCCAUCCAGUAGCCCCUGAGAUAUCCAUCACCACUCGGGGAAUCAGAAAACUCCUUCUCGCAUUGAACCCGCAUAAAGCUGCAAGACCCGACACCACAAGCCCUAGCAUCCUCAAAGAUUUGGCAAUUGACAUCGCUCCCAUACUCACCACCAUACUAGAUCUAGAAUUAAACAGGUUAGAAUGUAUUUGGAUCGAGUUGAUUCUUUGUAACAAUCGUCAUAUUCUAUUUAGUAUUUUCUAUCGACCGCCUAACUCAGAUGUCAUAUACAACAAUCUAAUUGAAGAUUCUAUUGGUCUAGCCAUUGACACUAAUAUACCUGACAUCAUCAUUACGGGUGAUUUCAAUCUAAAUGUAAACUGUUAUUCAUCUAACCGCAAAAUUACAUCCAUCACUCAACAGUUCAAUCUAGAACAACUAAUUGAUGAACCAACACAUUACACUGAACAUUCAAAUUCUUUGAUCGACCUUAUAUUAGUUUCAAACAAAAGCAAUGUUAUUCAUUCUGGUGUUGGUGAUCACUUUCUAGAACAAGAACUAAGGUAUCACGUUCCUAUAUUUGGUUUUCUGAAAUUCCGUAAACCGCGACAAAUGUGUUUUGACCGCAUUGUUUGGGAAUAUGAACAUGCUGACUACGAAGCUUUACGUGAAGAUAUAAAUACCUAUACAUGGGAAAACUGCUUUGAUGCAGAUGUUAACAUAUAUGCGAAUAACGUAAUCAAUCAGAUACAAACAAUUGCUAAAAAUAACAUCCCUAACAAAUUGAUUAAAGUAAGACCAUUAGAUGUUCCAUGGAUGACAAAUUCAAUCAGAGUUAAUAUCCGUAAACGAAAACGUCUGUAUAAAAAAGCUAGAAUGACAAAUUCACAAUAUUACUGGCAAAGGUUUAAAUCUAUUCGUAAUGAAACAAUAUUAUUGAUACGGGAAGCCAAGUCAAACUAUUUUUGUAAACUCUCUAAUAAAUUGAAAAAUGAAUCACUUUCGUCUAAAGACUGGUGGAAGACUCUGAAAUCUUUUAUUUCAUCAACAAAUAAUAGUAGCAUUCCACCACUGACAGAUCCCUUAAACAGAAAUAUUGUUUACUCAAAUAACGAUAAGGCAAAUCUUCUGAAUAACUUCUUCGUAGAACAAAUGUCUAUUAACGAUGAGAACAGAGAUCCACUUUACCUUAGUUCACCACUUUCCUGUCUCAAUGAUAUUGUGCUUAGCCCUCAUGAAGUAAAAGAUGUUCUUCUUUCGUUACAAGUUGACAAAGCAGUAGGUCCAGAUGGUAUAAGUAAUAGAAUUUUACGCGAGGCUUCUCAUGAACUAUCUUCACCCUUGUGUGACUUAUUCAAUGCUUCUCUAAGAUGUUGUAAAGUUCCAAUCACAUGGAAAGAGGCGAAUGUCACUGCAGUUCACAAAAAGGGCGAUACAUCUCUCCCAAAUAACUAUAGACCUAUAUCACUUUUGAACACCACAGAAAAAGUUUUUGAACGUCUUGUAUUAAAACACAUCUUUAACUUUCUCAAAGUAAAUAAUUUUCUGUCUACUGCUCAGUCUGGUUUUAUCCCGGGUGAUUCUACAGUUAAUCAGCUUGCUUUCAUUUAUGAUACCCUUUGUAGAUCACUUGACAAUGGCCUCGAAGUUCGUGUGGUUUUCUUUGAUAUCAGUAAAGCGUUUGACAAGGCUGAUACGGGAAGGUGUAGCUUUGCUGGCUUCAUCCUUAGCCAUCCGGGAACGACCGGGUUACACCAGGGAAGCACUGUAGCUCUGCUGACUCAAACUGGGGAUGAUCCGGGGUAUUAUAUAGCCAGUAAGAGCUAUGGUAGAGCCCUGGUGAAUGCCACAGAGCCCCA